AUGGUUGAAGAUUCCAGGGUUAGAGAUGCUCUGAAGGCAGGGGAGAAGAAGUCUUUACCUGCUUCUUUGGUUCCUCAAGCACCUGCUGUGCUUUCGUCCAAAGACAAGACCACACAGCGUUUGAUUGUUGUACUAUCACAGGCAUCGCUAGAAACACACAAGAUUUCUUCUUCAGGUCCUGGAGGAGAUAAAUAUGCAUUGUUAAACUGUGAUGAUCAUCAAGGCCUCUUGAAAAAAAUGGGACGCGAUAUCAGUGAGGCACGCCCGGACAUUACACAUCAGUGCCUACUGACAUUACUUGACUCGCCAAUAAACAAGGCUGGCAAGCUGCAGGUCUACAUUCAAACCAGCCGAGGUGUACUCAUUGAAGUUAACCCAACUGUUCGUAUCCCAAGAACUUUCAAGAGAUUCUCUGGUCUAAUGGUGCAGUUGCUACACAAACUUUCCAUCAGAUCUGUAAACUCUGAGGAAAAGCUACUGAAAGUGAUCAAGAACCCAAUCACAGACCACUUACCUACUAAGUGCCGUAAGGUCACAUUAUCCUUUGAUGCGCCCAUCAUCCGCGUUCAGGACUACGUCAAAAAGUUGGAUGACGACGAAAGUAUAUGCGUUUUCGUCGGUGCGAUGGCUAGAGGCAAAGAUACAUUUGCUGAUGAGUUUGUGGACGAAAAAAUUGGUCUAUCAAACUAUCCACUUUCGGCCUCUGUUGCAUGCUCCAAGUUUUGCCAUGGUGCAGAAGAUGCAUGGGGCAUCUUGUAA